GAGAGAGAGAGAGAGAGAGAGAGAGAGAGAGAGGUGUGAUCGUAAUCGAGAGGGAGAGGAGGCGAAAGGCUGGGUGGGGUUCUUUCUUUUCUUUUUUCCUCGUUUCUUUUCUCCUAUUUCUUGUACGAAGCUUCUUCUUUCCAUGGCGGUGGCGGUGGCGGCGAAGGUCGGGACCCACGCGGAGGCGACUAGGAUUGAGAGAUCUCCCCGAAUCCGAGGCUGAGGCAGCUCGGAGAGACGAAUCUGAAGGGGAUCCGCGUAUCGGUUCGAGGCUCGAAGGAGAAUUUUGUAGGAGAAAUCGGGGAACAAGAAGGCGGAGCUCCUCUUCUCUCGUUUUUGAUUCCUCUCGUGCCUCUCUCUUCUUUCAUCCAUGGGUCGGUUUCCCUCCAUUUAUCCUCUGAUCGAUCUGGGGAAAGGAUUGGGAUAAAUCCUUCCUGGAAAAUCUUUAUCUCACAAAAGGCACUGUAGAUAUCGACAUUUAUUGUACUUCAAAUAAAGAUGAAUUUGUCCAUCAAAGGUCUGGCAAACAAGGAUGCCAAGUUAAACUCAUUGAACAAAGUUACCGCAUUAAAUCCCCAUGCAGCUGAAUUUGUUCCUUCAGCCCUUAGAAAUAUAUAUGGAAACUCUGAAAGCUCAGAUGCAACCAGGCAGGAUGUUCCGGGCUCUUCUAAAAAAACAGCCUUAGAUCGUUCAGGAUCUAGUAUUUCAAAUAAUUCAGAUGAUGAAGCACAUCAGUACUGGCGUUGUCAGCUUCCUGAUGAUAUUACUCCUGACUUCACAGCCUUGGGAGAAGAAGAGCUGCAUGGACCCGAACAUCUCUCACUUGCAGGUUUAUCAAUACAGGAUAGUGUUGGGACAUCAAGAUUCUCAGCAUCCACUGCCAGUCAGACAUUGCGCAUGCGACAAAAUCUAUCUUCACUUUCUAGCGAUGGUCUCAACCUGGGGGAAAACAUGGGAUAUUCUGGCUCUAGCUGUGCUGGCGAACGUUUCUCAACUGAUUUCAUGACUUCGGCUGACAAUUCCUGGGGUAAACAAUUCAUCAAUGCUGAACAGCGUCAUACCAAUGGAAGGGAUGGGCAUUAUUACAAUGGAGAUUCUGGUGCUGUUUCAGUAAACGAUUUAAUAGGUGAUAGUGCAGUGACCAAGGAUGCUGCCAUCCAUCCCCUAGAGUUUCUGUCAUCAAAGUUUCCUGAUUUUGCAGCGCAGAGCCUUGCAGAUGUUUAUUAUGGAAGUGGAUGUGAUUUGAACUCGACGAUCAAGAUUCUCACUCAACUUGAGGUAGGUGGUGGUUUUAAUCAGAAAUCAUUAGCAGCCCCAAGCUUUAGCAUGCUGGAUUUUCCUGCUCUGCUGGUGGCAGGUGCUCAAAAUUGGCUGUCCAAGUAUUCCAGAGAAGAUAUACAGCAGGCUUCCAGUACAUAUAGAUCUCCUUCCACUAUCUUUAGAGGUGAUAUAGAUUUUGCUUCAACUGCUAGAAAACUUGCAUCCCAUGAUAGUGGUCAUUGGAGACAUGAGAUUAAUGGUUCUGCUGAUGGUGGUGUGGGCUCAAGUAGAAGCUCUCAACUUUUAGCUAGCUCAUAUGGUCAUGGUAAAAUGGCUUACGGUAACAAAUUGCAAGGUCUCAGUGCAACGCAGGCAGCUCCAGUUUGGCCCGAAACUGGAGAAGCAGUGGCAAAUAUGUAUUCGGAGUCAAGGGAGGAUGGCCAUGAUUUUGCACACCUUCAAAAUACAUACCUUGAACAGGCAAGACAAGCCUAUCAAAUCGGCAACAAGGCUCUAGCAAAGGAACUGAGUCUGAAGGGGCAGUUGUGCAAUAUGCAGAUGAAAGCAACUCAUGAAAAAGCUAAAGAAACAAUUUAUCGACAUAGAAAUCCACUCUCACCCGAGAUCCAGGGUUGCAGCCUGGGGCAAGACCCUGUGAUUGACCUACGUGGACUUCAUGUGACGGAAGCCAUACAUGUUCUAAAUCGUGAUCUGAGCAUGCUGAGGACCAGCGCAAGGUCCACCAGGAAGCGACUGUCGGUCAUGGUAUCUGUAGGCACCGGUCACUACGCCAAGGGCAUCCGAACUCCUGCAAGGCUUCCUGCAGCAGUCGAGCAGUACCUGGUGGAGGAAGGUCUUCCAUACACACAGCCUCGGCCAGGUCUUCUCCGUGUUGUGAUAUAUUGACACCCUGUAAGGUAUAUAUACCACACAAAGGUUAAAAAAUGGAAAAAAAAAACAAAAAGAUCACACACCUAGAUUCUUGUAUCUGUGUACAUCGGCGGAAGAGAAGAGGCAUUGAUACAGUCUGGCAACAGCAGCUGUAAUAUUAAUAGCACUGGUGGCAUUCAUGUCACAUUUUGUAAGUUCUCUGGCGGAAUUCCGCAAUACUUGCUUCACAUGGUUCUUUGGUUUUUGUUGUGCCCCCAGAUUCUUUUAGUAUGUUCAUUUUAUUGUCUCUUUUUUCUCUCCUGUCGCAUACUCAUGGAAGGUGACAAUCAUGCUGGUUCUUUGAUUUCUAUUGCCUUUCUAUGUUUUCUCAA